AUGGCGCUGUACCACCAAACCGUGGAUUUUUUCUCUGAAUCUUGGGCCAACCAGCGAACACAGCUUCCCCUCUUGGCGGUGACGGGUGCCUCUUUCACCCUUGGGCUCCUUCUUCGCUCCCUGUUGAAGGGAGAUAAGCACAAGGGGGCUAUUCUCGCUUCGCCUCGCACGAGAGUGUUGUCUCAUCUUUCGGAGGAGGAGAAGCGCCAGUUGCCGCUCCCGGACGAUGUGUUGCCUGGCGCUCGCGAUGUUGCAUCCCCCUAUGGUUCAAUCCGAGUGUAUGAAUGGGGCCGGGAGGAUGGCCCAAAGGUCUUGCUUGUACACGGUAUCACGACGCCGUGUAUUGCACUCGGCGGGGUGGCUCAUGCGCUUGUCGACCGUGGGUGUCGUGUGAUGCUCUUUGAUCUCUUUGGGAGAGGGUACUCUGAUUGUCCUUCAGACAUGCCCCAAGAUGAAAGACUCUUUGCAACGCAGGUCAUGCUUGCUUUGACCACAUCACCAAUCUCCUGGACAGGGACCAGCUCGGGCAAGUUCAGUCUGGUCGGUUACUCCCUGGGUGGUGGUAUCGCUGCGGCUUUUGCAUCCUUCUUCCCACAGCUCCUGUCAUCUCUUGUGCUUCUCGCCCCUGCUGGCCUAGUCCGCGAUUCUCAGAUCAGCUUCCAGGGCCGCCUUCUCUACUCUGGCGGUCUCAUGCCAGAGGGAUUGCUGUCUUUCUUGGUGAGUCGCCGACUGAAGUCGGGCCGUCUUAUCGCACCCAAGAAAGACAAACAGGGAAAACUCAAUGCCCAAGACGCUCUUACGGAGGAGAUGCCUUCAGACGAUGCGGCCGCAGAUCAGGUUCUAUCUCGGGAGUAUCCGCAUGUCACCGUCCCAUCGGCUGUGGCGUGGCAGGUCCACCACCACGCUGGGUUUGUCCAUUCAUUCAUGUCCAGUAUGCGCCAUGGGCCCAUCCUGGGAUCGCGCCAGAAAGUUCACUGGGCUCGCCUGGGCGAAUAUCUCAGUGCACAGAACAGCAAUGGUGCAGGAGAUGGAAGGGAAAAGGGGCUACCGAGCCACAAGGUUCACAUUCUCUGCGGGAACACGGAUACAAUCAUCAUCAAGGAUGAGCUUGUUUCCGAUGCAGCUGCUGUUCUUGGUGGAAAUGUGGUCUUCAAGUUUUACGAUGCCGGCCACGAGUUCCCAAGUACCAAGUACGAAGAAGUUGCGGCGUACAUUGAGAAGGUACUGUGA